UGCCAACCGCUCUUCACUUCCAGAACAUCGAACUUCCAAGGGACGAAGAAAAGCGAUAGCGGCCACCGCCAUCCGUCGCCAAUGGCAGAGAAACCCGUCGAGGUCUGCGUCAAGGCCGCCGCCGGCGCUCCCAACACCCUCGGCGACUGCCCUUUUAGCCAGAGGGUUCUUCUUACGCUGGAGGAGAAGAAGGUGCCCCAUGAGAUGAAGCUGAUUAACGUCGAAAACAAGCCCGAUUGGUUCUUGACGAUGAGUCCCGAGGGGAAGGUGCCGGUGUUCAAGUGCGACGAUGGCAAAUGGGUUCCCGAUUCGGAUGUCAUCACCCAGAUCAUCGAGGAGAAAUACCCCAACCCUUCUCUUGUCACUCCCCAGGAGUACUCGUCGGUGGGAUCAAAAAUAUUCCCUUCUUUUGUCAAGUUCUUGAGAAGCAAGGAUCCCAAUGAUGGGUCAGAAACAACAUUGCUUGAUGAAUUGCGUGCACUGGAUGAGCAUCUCAAAGCUCAUGGCCCAUAUGUUAAUGGCGAAAAUAUUUCUGCAGUUGACUUGAGCUUGGCACCAAAGUUGUUCCAUCUUGAGAUAACCCUUGAUCAUUUUAAAGGGUGGAAGAUACCAGAAAAUUUGACGCAUGUUCAUGCUUACAUGAAGCUGCUUUUCAAUCGGGAAUCCUUCAUAAAGACCAAGGCAACAAAGGAGCAUGUGAUCGCUGGAUGGGCACCCAAAGUUAAUGCUUAAUGUUUCAUGCUCGAGCGUAGUGUGAAGUAGGCUAGGCUAGUGUUGUCGGAGCCCUGGUGCAAUAUAUAGCCUUCUGCUGUAACUGGGUUGAUGAAGCAUUUGUCGCUGAUAUGCUUUUGCUACAUUAUACCGUGGGUUCACAUAAUAAAUUUUCGUUAUGUGAGGUAAGGGCAAUUGCGAUAGCUUUUUCUAUGCUUCCAUGUUAUUAUGCUCUUAUCGACAUUUAUAUCAGUAAAUUGCUGCUGCU